AUGGAAUGUAUAUCAAAACAAGCUUAUUACAAUACCAACACUGGUCACAUAGCACUUGUCAGCUUGAGCGAUGUAUGUGAUCAGCGACUGAUGAAAGCUGUCCAUAGUGCUAGCAGAAUCCCAAAGAAUCUGAAAAUCGAUGUAAUCAUUCGUCCAGAAGACUUUGAUAAAGUCCUUCAGACGGCCAGAAUCGCAUGCUCUGUUGAAAUAGUUGAAAAACUUGAUGCAAAUUGGUUAUUUCUCGAUUGUAUCGAUGAUGCGGCAGUCAACAAGAAAUCUGAAGAAUCAUGGAUAAUGGCUACGUGUAUCUCAACGAUUGCUAUUUUUGUCUGUGCUGGAAUAGCUAUUUGUUGUUGUCUUAUAUUUAGACCUUUUCCUCCAUUACGACGACGAAAUCAUCAAAUUAAAAAAUUAGAAUCUGUAACUGAUUCAAUGCAAGAAAACAACAUAAAUCAAGAAGCAGUACAUGAACCGAUCGAUCUGACUGAUCAAAAAUACAGUGAGAAAUUUGAAUAA